GGAGGAGGACGAGGAAGGAGCGGCCGCCACCAAUGGUCACUCCGACAGGGCCCCUCUUCCGCCGCGGCCGCUGCUGCCCGCGGCGGGGAGCGGGCGGGCUGGGGCUGGUGCCGCGGCGCCGCCGCCGCGCGAGUGGGCACCCUGAACAAAGGAGCGGCGCGGUGCGGUGCGGGCCAGCCGCGCUCCGGGGCGGGGAGCCAUGCCCGUUAUUGUUUUGGGCGGCGGGGGGAUCACCCGCCCCGCCCGCGGCGUCACGUGACGGGUGCCGGGGCCGCCCCCGCUACCCCGCUGGGGAGGCCGCUCCCCGCCCCGCCGCCCCGGGAGAGCCGGGCCCGGCGCCCGAGAGCUUGCCGGUACUUCCCGUAGGCCCGGUGCCCUCUGCGGGGCCCGCCUCCUGCCGCUGAGGGAGGCGGCGUCCCGCUGCCUUUGCCGGGUGACGUGCGCGCCCCGUGCCGGGUCGGGGCCCCGGUUUCCAGGUUUCGCGUCGUUCGGUAGUAAAAUAGGUCAGAAGCAUUAGCGGUGGCGUCGUCACGCGUGGCAGAAUCCCCUGACCCAGCGAGCGCAGCGCUUUAAUUCUUAGACCAAUGUGCAGCGCUUUAAAUAAUUCUGCGUGUUGUCACUCGCCUUUCAAAAUGUCAUUGCUGGAGCUGGUCUGCUUUGGUUGUCGUGAUGAGCUCUCCGAACCCGGAACGGGAGUCGCGCAGUCAUAGGAGCAGCGUACAAAGCGUGUGGAAAGUAACCGGUGUUUCCGAUGUGUCUCUGUGCUGGCUGAUUUCGCCUCAAGUGUUUGGAUCGUGUCCCCCUUCAGAACGGGAAAAUGGGACGUGAAAAUAGGUCCGGCUUUUGGUGCAGUACGGGGCUGCCACCACUGAAAAAUUAAUACAAAGUAUUAGUAAAUACGAGUUUUUGAUACAAAGAAGGUAAUCAGAAUGGUGUAAUCGUUAAAAGUGUGGGGAUUUAAAUCUUAGUGUAACUUUUCUGUGAUAGAAACUAGAAAUACUGUAGGUUUUGUUACUGGUUGUGUAGUGUGCCGGUAUACAUUGGACAAAUAGAAGGAGGAGUAGAGAGCAGAGCUUUAAAACAUUUUGCUUUUGUCAGAUUUGUAAUACUAAAAAUACAGUCCUGCUACUUUGUUAGCUGCUGCCUCUGGACAGUGGGCUCCUUAAAAGUAGUCCCUAAAGCAUCUCUAAAAAGGCACUACCAAAAAUUACAGUUUGUAAUAGUACUGAAAAUACAGCGAAAUCUGCAUAUUGAUGUGGUCAUUUGGAGUAAAUCUUAUAUAUUGAAUGUUUGUAAGAACUUGCUUUAUAGUCUUGUGUGCUUAAUACUGUGGUUUCUUUCCAAGUGGAUCAAAGUACCAGUUGUUUAAACUGCUAUAAUGCAGAAUCUGUACUGAAUGAAAGAAAAAGUUCUAUUCUUAUUUCCUUCAAAAUAUACUGCAUCAAUUUAGAGGUAAUUGAAUUACAAUUUAUUUAGAGAGCAGUAUUUUUAAAGGCUCUUGAACAGUGGACUCAGGGAAUUGGUGGUGAAGGUCUUUUUGUUGAAAUAGAUUUUUUUUUUCUCUCUUCUGUACAUGUUAAUCAAGUCUAUGUAUAUAUGUAUAUAUAUGUAUUUAUAUAUAUAUAUGAAGAGAUAUUCCUGUACUUACUUUCUCUUUCUGAAGCAUUGAUAACUUCAGAUGAAUCGUUUUCUGCUUUGUUUUCCACACAAUAUCAUUUGAGUGAGAAAUUAUCAUUUUGCUGUGUUAAAUACAUUGAAAUAUGAUAUAUGCUCAAAAUUCGAAUUAAGUGCUCCAAUUGUAGAACAGAAGAACCUCAUUUUGAAUAAAUAUGUAGCUGUUUGAUACCAAAAUGGUUGACUGUUCUGCACUUGACUAUACUUCUGUGAUUCGUUUCCAAAUGUACAUACAAGGGUUGUUUUGUAUUAAUGUGUAAUAGCAAAGGAUAAGGAACGACAGUCAACUUGAAGCCUCAUCACAAUCAGCAAUUCCUGAAGAUAAUUCUGUAUUUAAGAAACAGAUAGAGAAAAGUAGGUAAGGACAGGAAACAGUUAAGUUAGUUAUCUGUUGCACUAUCCAGUGCUCAGGGAUGGUUUUAAAAAAUACUUGACAGGCUCAUUACAUUGAGAUGAUACUAUAUUGACAGUAGCAGACCUUCACAUAGGACAGUGAUUUUUUUCGUAUUUAAAAAGAAAUGGCCACCUUCCUGUUUUCUUCCCACAGUGUGAGGCUCAUAGUGAAUUGUAGGGAAGGGCAGAAUUCUGGGGUUCUUUUUCCCCUACUUCCCCCUCAAUAAUUGAGUUAUGAGUUAGGGAUCUGGAUGGGAAAAUCGAGGUAUUUAAUUACAGAAGAGCAUUUACUCUCUUGAAGUAAUGCUGCAGCUGCUGAGUUUUCAACCUGGGGGUAGGGGGGGAGAUGAAUUUGUGAUAGCUAUUUUAGAAUAAUCUGUACAGAGUUGAAUAAUUUGUGAGAUUAUCUGUCAUUUGAGGUAGGACUCAAAUAGUAGUCUUCAGCUGGUUUGGUUAGAAGCCGAUGUUCAUUUAAUUUACUGAGGGUUUGUGUUCAUUUGUUUUUAAAAAGCUAAGCUUUUACUUACAGAGAAAAUUUCUUAAGACUGUAGGCAACACUUCAUUGCCAUUUAGGAGCUGGCUUCUUAAAUAUGUAUGUUUCUGCAAUUUUUUUUUUUUUUUUAAUUGUUGCUGUUUUUUCCAAAGAAAUAGAAAAGUGGAAAAAAAUGUGUCUUGAUAGUUUACUGUUAAUCCAAUAGGCACAGUUGAUUGAACUGACAAUAAAUUGUUUCAUUCCAUCUUAGUCUAGUAAAACCCUAACGUUUUUCUUUAAGGAGACCCUGAAGUCAUUUUAGGACAUGAAUCUGAUAGGAAGUCCACCAACUUCAAAAUCCUGAAGUUGCAUGGAAGAAGCAGAUGUGACUUCUCCCAGCAAGCAUCCUCAGAGUGUCAAGGGGACAAAGAGAGCAGUUAAAUGUUGUCUGAGCCUCAGUUUGGGAGGGGAUGUCGCCCACUUCAAAUGCUUGUUCCUGAUCAGUGGGAAUGUGCUUCAUCUGUUGCAUCUUGAAUUAAAGUUUCAAAAUCUGUGUGUGGUAGGAUGCAUGGAUUUGGUGAGCUUGCACAAGGAAGGGGUACUUGCAGGUUGCUGCAGAUAAUGUAACUCCUCAUACUACACGCUUUUCUAGUGUAGAAAAUUAAUUGCUAAGUAUAGAACAUGGCUCUUACCCACUUGACUUCAAAGGAGGAGUCAUCAUCCGUGAAAGGGUGUGUGUGUGUGUAACCACAAGUGUCUUUUAUCCCAUUUAGUAAAAUUUUCAAGACUGGCUUAUUAAAUAAAUGAUGUCAUGAAAUGUAGAGCUUACCUGAAGUCAGUUUGUAAACUAGUUCUUUUUAAGAGCUUUACAGCAAUUAGAAAGUUGCCUUACCAUAACCCUAUAAUUAUGCCCUAAUUGGAUUCUUCUAGGUAUGAUUACAUACCUUGAAUAAGUGUAUGGAUUUUUAUGUCCUAAGAAAUCUACCAGAACUGACCCAAGCUUUUUCUCCCAUUUCGUUUUAUCAUAUGCUACCUCUAGUAGUGGAUUGCAAGAGGUAGUAGAUAAAAGGCUGCCAGUGAUACCUACAGGAGUAACAGAAAGCCAGAUCCUACCAUGAAGGACUGAACACCACACCCACAGCAUCAAGCUGGUGGCAAGUCUCUCUUUGGUCAUCGCAAACACAGUAUCUUGUCUGAGUGGAUUAGCAGAGCCAAAAUUGUAACAUGAUUGCAGCUCUUGGUUUCAGAGUGAUGUGUGGAGAAAGAGGAAGCUGCUACAACAAUGAGGGGAGAAGAGAACCUUCUGCCUUUUGAAAAGUUUGCAGAGAAGCUGAAACACUGUAGUGUACCAUUGAGCAGGACAAGUAAGGAAUGAGCCAGCCUUGGAAAAGAGGACCUGCCGUCCUAGCUGGAGACAUCUGAAGAGAGGACAUUUUAGUCUUAUGGCAUGCUUCAGUAAAAAUUAUUCAGAAAAAGAUGGCUGGCUGUGGUGAAAUAGAUCAUUCGAUCAAUAUGCUUCCCACAAACAGGAAGACAAAUGAGUCAUGUGCUAAUGCAGCACCUUCUCUGACAGUCCCUGAAUGUGCUAUCUGUCUGCAAACAUGUGUCCACCCAGUAAGUCUUCCUUGUAAGCACGUUUUCUGCUAUCUGUGCGUGAAAGGAGCUUCUUGGCUUGGGAAACGAUGUGCACUCUGCCGGCAGGAGAUUCCAGAGGAUUUUCUUGACAAGCCAACCUUAUUGUCACCAGAAGAACUCAAAGCAGCAAGCAGAGGCAAUGGAGAAUAUGCUUGGUACUAUGAAGGUAGAAAUGGUUGGUGGCAGUAUGAUGAACGUACCAGCAGGGAGCUAGAAGAUGCCUUUUCCAAGGGUAAAAAGAGCACUGAAAUGCUAAUUGCUGGGUUUUUAUACGUAGCAGAUCUUGAAAAUAUGGUUCAGUAUAGGAGAAAUGAGCAUGGACGCCGCAGAAAAAUAAAACGGGACAUAAUAGACAUACCAAAGAAGGGAGUGGCUGGGCUGAGGUUGGACUGUGACACUAACACUGUCAACCUGGCAAGAGAGAGCUCUGCUGAUGGUGCAGACAGCACACCGGCUCCGGGGGCUGCAGCCGUGCAGCCUCUGGCAUCCCUUUCUGCUAGGCCCCUGCCCUCCCUAGAUGGUCAGCUGAUGAGUCCUUCAACACCAUCACCUGAUGCAAGCAACUCCCUAGAGAACUCUUUUGCCCACUUACAAAUAAGUGGAGACAGUAUGGCUGAAAGGAGUCACAGGGGAGAGGGAGAAGAAGACCACGAAUCAUCAUCUUCUGGUCGGGUGCCAGCCCCUGACACCUCUGUUGAGGAGACCGAAUCAGAUGCCAGCAGUGACAGCGAGGAUGUGUCCGCCCACCUUCAGCAACACCCAUCCUCCAUCCAGCAGAGACACUUGAACGCAAACACAAGCCAGUUGGGAGCGGAGAGACCAGUGGGAGGUGGUGGGGUGGUAAACACAAGUGCAAGGUCUAGAAGGCCAGAUGGACAGUGCACAGUCACUGAAGUUUAAAAUUAGAGCCAUGCGAUUGAAACCUCGGUUCUGUAUUUGUAAUUUUUCUGUCCACAUUGGCAUCACACUCAAACCUAGUGGUAUGUUUGGUGGGAGGGUGGGGUAAGGGGGAGAAAAGGAUCUGGACUGUUUAACUUAAGUCUCUUAACAUGUCUCAGCUGGAAGACUCUAACUGUAGGAAACUGGGUUGUCUUGUUAGUGGUUUGAAAGCUGCUUAGCAAUACCCAGCUUUCUUGAAAAUGUCUUGUGUUUAUUUUGUAGCAUUUUGCCCUUGGAGAUACUCGAUCCCUUUUUGGCCAAUGUAUAUCUACUGUACAACUUGAAUUGUCUUCAUUAUCUGACUGUUGCAUUAAGUGUCUUACUACUUUCUGCAUGGAUUGAUGUAUGAAAAGAACACUACAGCAAUGUGGGAGCAGGCAAGAUGUUGGAUGUGAGCAGGAUGCUUAAUUUAAUGUGAGAAAAUAGAUGUGAGUUUGGAGUUAAAAUGUGUUUUUACUAGACAAGAGCAAUCAUUUACCUUCCUUCAAUGGAAAUGUAAAAAUGCUGUUAACUUUUGUUGCAAAUUCUUACCUAUACACUCUUCAUGGCAUUUUCACUGGCUUUGCCAUCUAGUCCUUGUAGUUUUGUUUUUGAGGUCUUUCUUGAUCUGUCUUGUUUUUGUUACGGAAUUUAUAAUUUAAUAAAACUACAUUUUAUCAGUAACAA